UUUACACAAUAUUUUAUAUGUGUUUUUUGUCCUAUUAAUUAUAGCAUGGGUAAGAUAUCAAAGAAGAAUGGUGGAGAUCCAAGCAAAGAAGUACAAUGGAGUAGUGUUAUGGAUGAUGCUUUAGUGGAUGCUUUUUUACAUCAGGUGAUCAUAGGUGGUAGAGUUAAUGGAACUUUUACCUCUAAGGCAUAUGAUGAUAUAGUGAAAGAAUUGGUUGAAAAAUUUAACAUGGAGAUUAACAAGGAUAAGGUGAAAAAUCGACAAAAGACACUGAAGAAGAAUUUUCAUGAAUGCUAUGACAUAUUUAAAGAUGGAUUGAGUGGUUUUGGAUGGAAUGAUUCUUUAAAUAUGUGGACAGCUGAACCAGAAGUUUGGGAGCCACUCAUAGCGUCUAAACCUGCAGCCAAAAAGUGGAUGACAACACCUAUACCCAACUACCCUAAAAUGGCACAACUUUGGGCCAAAGAUAGAGCAAAAGGUGAUCAUGCUGAAACUGCAAAGGAGAAACGUGCUAGGUAUGCUGCAUCGACCACUAUUGAUGAGAUUGAUAAUUUGAUAUCUCAAAAUGAAGCUUCUUUGGAAAACUUUGAAGUGGAAGAUGAUCAGAGGUCACCAGAAAUUAAUGUUGCACGUUCUCGAGUAUCAUCACAAGAUGCAAUGUCUUCUAAAAGCAAGAAAAGACGACUGGCAGAAGAUGAUGAACUCGGGAAUGUAAUUUCUCAGUCAUUUGAUAAUGUAUCAAAAGUAAUUGAUAGGGCGACUGAGGUUAUGGCAAAGUGUUUUUCAAAGUCAUAUGGAGCAGAAGUUCACACAGCUUUGGGCGUACUGGACUUAGAUCCAAUAUCAAAGACUGAGGCUUACAUAUUUUUGAUGGAAAAUCCAACAUAUAAGAAGAUGUUCUUUGGUUGCCCAGAUCAUGAGCGCAAAUGUGUCUUACUGACACUAAUGUCUAGGCCUAAAAAUUAUUAA